AUGAAUAAACCAAAACAAAAGAUUGUGUAUCGUGAAAAACAAACAGAGGGGACUUCAAAUCAGGGAAACAAUGGGAAACAAAAAGAAGUUGUCAAGGAAAAGAAUGAAGGGACACAUGAUGGUAAGAUAGGUUCGAAUAUAGCGUCUACUUCUCAUAGUAAGGGCACUGUCAAUAUCAGUAAUCAAUAUAGUUCCUUGGCUGAUUUGGAUGAUACUGAAGGUGAGCUCAAAAAGAUGAAUGACACUGGAUUUGGCAUGGACUCGGAUGAGGAUGAAGUCAUUUUUGAUGAAACGACUUCCAACAUGGUUGAUUCUUUAAUUUUUGAGGGGGCAAGCACUCCCGGUAAGGAGGUUUCCAAUGAGUCCCACCUAUCGUAUAGUAAUCUUUCUUUUGUGAGUUCUAAAGUGUUUUCUAAUUGGAGUUGGAUCUCGAACUGUAAUCUGUGUAAUAAAGGUACUCUUAUUCUUGUUGGCUGGGAUCCGGGUACGGUGGAUGUGAUGGUUUUGUCUCAAACUGAUCAAGUUAUCCAAACUCAGAUCCGUCUCAAAGAUGAUAAUAAGAUGUUCAUGGCUUCAUUUGUAUAUUCUCAUAACUACUAUAUUGAUCAUCGUGCUUUAUGGAAUAGCCUUUCUCGGCAUAAACUCUUUGUUUCGGGUAAAGCUUGGUGUAUUCUGGGCGACUUUAAUGCUACCCUUAGUACAUGUGAUACUGUUGUUGGAGCCUCGGGUAUGAAUAUUUGUACGCGGGAAUUUCGUGAUUGUAAUGAAAAUCUUGGUCUUGUGGAUGUUAAUAGAUUGGGGCUAAAUUUUACAUGGAAUCAAAAACCUCGUGGCUCCAAUGGUGUACUAAGGAAGAUAGAUAGAAUUAUGGCUGACUUUGUUUUUCAGCAAGAUUUUGUUGGUGCUACGGCUAUAUUUAAACCUUAUCUUACCUCUGAUCAUACUCCUGCGAUUCUCAAGCUUCCCACAAAAACCAAGUUCAAACCCAAACCAUUUAAAUUUGCUAAUCUGCUUGUUUUUGAUAAGAAGUUUCAGGAAGUGGUGCAACAAGGAUGGAAUAAACAUAUUGAAGGCUUUAAAAUGUAUAUUGUGGUAAAAAAGCUGAAGCUGUUAAAAAAGCCACUUCGGAAAAUGCUUGUGGAUAAAGGUAACCUCCAUACAAAUGUUAUAAAGCUACGCAUUGAGCUUGAGGUUGUACAAGUAGCUCUUGAUAGCGAUCCACACAAUGCUACUCUUCGAGUGGAGGAAGCAAUUUACCUCCAAGCUUAUAAUGUUGCUGUUAUUGAAGAAGAAAGAUUUCUGAAGCAAAAAUCUAAGAUUGAAUGGUUACGUGUUGGUGAUUCGAAUUCGGCGUAUUUUCAUAGAGUUGUUAAGUCUCGUACAGCUCAGAAACACAUCACUCAUGCUCUUGACUCGAAUGGCAUAUUGGUGGAAGGUACUAUGAUUUCUGAAGUUACAGAUGAAGAAGUGAAACAGGUUGUUUUCUCUAUGGGUGAUGAUAAAUCACCAGGUCCUGAUGGUUAUUCUGCUGCAUUCUUUAAGUGUACUUGGGGUAUCAUUGGCAAGGAUAACACUGUGGCAGUUCAAGAUUUCUUUCUUUCUGGGAAACUUCUUAAAGAACUCAAUCAUACAAACAUUGCACUUGUUCCUAGGAAUUCUGCUUCCUUUUCCUUCCAUCAUCAUUGUCAAGAACUUCAGGUGAUCAAUCUUUGUUUUGCAGAUGACUUGUUUAUCUUUAUGCGUGGUGAUGUGGAUUCUGCACAGGUUAUUAUGGCUUCUAUUGAUGAAUUUAAAGCUGUGUCUGGUCUUGCUCCUAGUUUACCUAAGAGCAGUGCUUACUUUGGUAAUGUUCGUGAUUCAAUUAAGAGGGCUAUUUUGGAGGUGCUCCCCUUUGAAGAAGGAAGUCUCCCUGUGAAAUGCCUGGGAGUUCCCCUAGUGUCAUCUAGGCUGGUUUUUCAAGACUGCAAACCGUUGGUGGAACAGGGUGAGAUGCAGAUAGGAAAAGCUAAAGUUUCUUGGGAUGACGUGUGUUUACCUACAGAAGAAGGUGGUCUUAGUAUCCGUAAGAUCCGGCCAUUUAAUGUGGCUCUUUUUUCAGUUCAUAUAUGGAACAUUAUUACGAAUGAGUCCCUUCGGGUGAAAUGGGUCCAUACAAAUAAAUUACGAGGUACAAGCUUUUGGAAUAUUCCUUAUCGUGGUAAUCUUUCUAGGAGUUGGAGAAAAUUACUUCAGUGUAAUCAUGGUCCGUUAUACGACCGGAUUACUCCAAGAAACAUUCAUAGAGUUGGAGUCACGAUUGAUUCAAAAGUUUGGAAUCGUGUUAACCAAAAGGCUGGAUCUCAACUGAAGCCGCAUAGCUGGGACUUGAUUGUAGAUAUUCUCCUCCCAAGAGCAAAGAAGAGAUCGCCACUUACCGGUGCAAACUACACUGCUUGGAAAGAUCAAUUAGAUCUUACUCUGGGGUACCUUGACCUUGACUAUGCCAUUCGUAAUGAUGAACCCGCUGCUAUUACUGCGAACUCUACUGCAGAACAGAAAGCAGCAUUUGAGAAAUGGGACAAGGCGAAUCGGUUAUCACUUAUGACGGUUAAGAACUCUAUUCCCCUUGGUCUUCGAGGAGCUAUCCCUGAGUCUGACAAAGUCAAAGAUUACCUCAAAUCUAUUGAGGAUUACUUCAAGGGAUCGUCUAAAGCACAUGCAAGCAGCUUAAUGCUAAAGAUGCUUACUUUGAAAUAUGAUGGAAGUAGCGGUGUCCGUGAACACAUAAUGAAAAUGAGUGACAUAGCGAACAAGCUUAAGACUCUCGAAAUGGAAGUCUCUGAUAAUUUUCUUGUGCAUUUCAUAAUGACAUCAUUGCCUGCUCAAUUUGAUGCCUUCAAAAUUAACUAUAAUGCUCAGAAAGAUAAAUGGAAGAUGAAGGAAGGGUAA